GGACGAACAAGGAAAGGGAAGAACAGUUCCCCGGUGAUGAAGCGUUCUAGUUCGCCUGGCUCCCAUGGAGAUGGGAGUCCAUUAGAAAGUCCUCGGGUACCAGUCCAUCCCCAUGCCCACUUCCCCUUCAACUCUGUGCGUCAGGCUGAUGGUAGAAGGUGGUCGUUGGCAUCUUUACCAUCAUCGGGAUAUGGUACGAACACACCCAGUUCAGCUGUAUCGUCGUCCUGUUCAAGCCAGGAGCGUCUUCACCAAUUACCCUACCAACCCACCCCUGAGGAUCUCCAGCUUCUCUCGCAGCACUUCAGCAGCAGCGAGAGCAACGUAGGAGGCGAUCAGGAUGAUGGAAGAAGAUCACCUUCAUUUAGACCUCGAUCUAGAAGUCUUAGUGGAGCAAGCAGUCCCUUGGUUGGUAACGCAGAUCAUGAGAUGCUUCAUAUGAAUAGCCUUUACAAGGAGAGAUUUCCCAAGGCUAAACAACAGAUGGAAGCCAAGCUCACUGAUUUUAUCAACAAGUAUUCAAUGGAUAUGAGCCAGGAGGGACACGAUGCAAUCUAUGCUUUCUUGGUCCAUCAAACUGUAGAACUAGCCCGGGAUUGCUUGGAGAAAUCACAAGAGGACCAGGUCUCCCAUAUCUACUUCACUGAGGUCUCGCACAAGCUUCAAAUGCUAGCAGAAGAUGCUGAGAAUAGAUCUCAAGUCUCUGCCAAGUCAUUUACAAGGGUAGUACGAGAACUCCUGAUCAUACUAGCUAGACCCGCUAGGCUUCUUGAAUGCCUGGAAUUUGAUCCUGAGGAAUUUUUCCAGCUGUUGGAAUCGUUUGAGGACCAGGCCAAAGUUGGAUCCACCAUUUCUGAGGACCUUCCAAAGUACAUCAUCCACCAGCUUGGCCUUAACAAAGAUCCCUUGGCAUAUUUUGAUCACUUUCCAGAUGUAGGUGACCUGUGUGGGGAUUCCCCUUCCCCACCCCGCCAGGAUUCAGGGGAGGAUGAGAAGGGAAAUGUUGACAGACGAGACUGCUUUAAAGAACCAAAGGAAGAAGAUUUUGAAAACAUCAAAAUCAUCAGCAAUGGAGCAUAUGGUGCUGUUUAUUUGGUGCGUCACAAGGAAUCCCAACAGAGGUUUGCUAUGAAGAAGAUUUGCAAGCAGAACAUCGCCCUUCGUAACCAACGGGAGCAGGUCUUCGCUGAAAGGGACAUCCUCACGUUCGCUGAAAACCCUUUUGUUGUUGCUCUCUACUGUAGCUUUGAAACAAAGAAAUAUUUAUGUAUGGUGAUGGAGUAUGUAGAAGGAGGGGACGUAGCUACAUUGAUCAAACACAUAGGGCCACUUCCUCUAGAAUUAGCCAGAUUAUAUUUUGCUGAAGCAGUACUAGCCAUUGAGUAUCUACACAGUUAUGGAAUAGUUCAUAGGGACAUCAAACCUGACAAUAUGUUAAUAACAUCAACAGGACACAUCAAGCUGACUGAUUUUGGCCUGUCGAAGAUUGGUAUCAUGAGCUUGACUACAAACUUGUAUGAAGGCAACAUCGACCGAGACACCAAACAGUUCCAGGACCAGCAGGUGUGCGGGACACCCCAGUACAUCGCCCCCGAGGUGAUCCUCAGACAGGGGUACGGGAAACCAGUGGACUGGUGGUCCAUGGGCGUGGUCCUCUAUGAGUUUCUGGUAGGAUGCCCCCCUUUCUUUGGGGAGACUCCGGAAGAACUCUUUGCACAGACAAUUCAUGUCAUGAUUGAAUGGCCCGAAGGAGAUGAUGCCCUCUCCGAGGAGGCCAUGGACCUGAUCAACAGCUUCCUACAGCAAGAUCCCCUCUUCAGGUUUGGCACCGGGGGCGCCGAAGACGUCAAGGCACACAAAUUCUUUCAAGGGGUAGACUGGAACGGUCUGCUCAGACAGAAGGCUGAUUUUAUACCACAGCUGGAAGGGGAAGAAGACACCAGUUACUUUGAUGCACGCUCUGAAAGGUACAACCAUGACUUAGACUCGGAUGAUGAUGAGGAUAUCCCUGAAAUUGGCAACUUCUCCACAUACUCUCCGCGGUUCAGUCGAUCAUGCAGCAGCGUAUCACAGUCAUCAGACGAUAUGGAAAGGAGGGAGCGGUCUCACAGUGCCUCUCUACCCCUUAGUGAUCUAUCCCAUCAUUCCUUGCCUGCUAGGAACUCGCCGCAGCUCCUGACAGUAGAUGUCGACCGGGGAAAUAGUCUCCCCCUCCCAGACAGGGAGUUCACACGACUAUCGAGGCGUUUCUCGGCGAGCUUCGCCACCGAUGAUCACGGCUCUAUUUCUAUUUAUCGAAAUAUUUUGAGAGACAGGACUGCAUCUGCCAGUGCUAAGACGGCCGAGCAUUCCGAUGCGUCCUCCUCCUCUCCCUGCACCCCGCCUCACGACUCCUCCCCACGCUGUCGUCGUCGUACCGGCAUCUCCCACAAGCCACCCCUCCGGGAGGUUCUCCCACGAUUCUCCAUCUCUUUCGAUGAGGACAGCCCGUUGGCGUCGUCGCUGGAGUCUCAGGGGUCAUUAGGGUCAUCCGGGUUCCUGGGUGCAGGAGACGGGAAGAACAUAGGGUCCAGCGAGAGACAGAGUAGAACGGUAGUCAAGUCAGCAUCGUCUAGUAUGCUGUCUCUUAUUAUACCAUCAGACGAGCUCCAUGUGCCGUCUCCCAUCAAUUCUCCCGGUGGAGAAUCGAGCAGCUCCAGGGAUGAUUCUCCCUCCAGGGAUCCAUCCAUGAUGAGUAACAUGAAGUCACCCAUCAUCAUUAGGAAACCACCCAGGAGGAAGACCAUGGGGUUCCAUAUGCAAGCUAUCAAGGUCUACCUAGGAGAGUCUAACAUAUACACACUGCAUCACCUGGUCAGGCAUGUUGAGGAAGGAAGUCCAGCAUACGAAGCUGGAUUACGACCAGGGGACCUUGUCACUCACAUCAACAAUUCUCCCGUUGAGGGCCUGAUACACCGUGAGAUAGUUGAACUGAUCAUGAGCAGCGACACACAGGUUGUAAUCCAUGCCGUACCCAUGGAUAAGACUACCAUUCAAACUUGCGGACGAAGGAAUUCAACGUCCAGUAAGAUGGCCAGGAGGAAGAAACCCAAGCGUAAACGGGAUUCCGUGGAGCGAAGACGACGAAGUGCAGUAUUCAGGAGAUCCAGUUUGAAACGGGCAUCAACCGAUGGAAGCAGGGCUAGUCUAGCAGCAUUAGGUAGGCAGGGAGGGUCAGAAACGUCGCCAAGGUCGCCAACAUCACGAUCGCCGCGUUCCCCACCCAUGUUCCAUGUACCUAACGAACAUUCAAGCAGUACGCCAUUGACAUCGUCACCUAACAGUUCUCCCUCAUCAAGCUGCCCGAACUCGCCUGCAGGACACUACACAUCAUCCAGACCAAGCACGUUGCAAGGUCUUGCUCACAAACUCCCCUUUUCGUUUAGACCUGGUGGGAAUCGUAGGAAGUCGGUCGGUCACAUCCCACUGUCCCCACUAGCCAGGACCCCAAACCAGUCCCCCGCCCCCAAAUCUCCUGUUCGUAGCCCCAGCCCCUUGGCUGUGGUGACUAGUCUUGGGCACUCUCCAGGGAGUUCCAACACCACCCAGUCCUACCCUGCACACAUGCUGGGCAGCCCAACGCUCGCAGCACCUAUGAAAGUAAAGACGAAGAAGUACAUGCGAUCUAGGAACCUUGAGACCCCACCGUCGCCUCUCUUAAGAAGGGCACUCUCCCCAGACCAUGAGAAGGUACCCUUGGACAUGUUUGAUGUUCAGCUUAGACCUAGAGCAGACUCUGCUUGCGAUGCCCUCUCAAGAGAAGAGCGAAGCCUCAAGAGAUUAGGUAUCGUCAGCAAAGAGAGGGUUGCUGAGAGAAAAUCCACAGGGUCAACUUAAGAUUUAUCUUAAAUCAUGUGUAUAGAAAUGCAAAGUAUUCAAUCUGCUAUAUGUGUAUAUUAGACAAUUUUGCGAUUUGACUGUAUUUGAUAUUGGGGCAUUUGAUUUAAAGGCCCUCAAGCACCUGUCUGUCAUGCCGUGUCGUACAAGCCACUUUUAAGAUCGAACCAUUGAUGGUUUAAUGUGAAAUCAUGAUAAGAUUUAUUUUUUGCUGAACAGAUAUACAACAGAGAAACGCAUUACAAUUUUACACCAGAUAAUUGAUUAGAAAAUACUUUUGAGUCAUCAUUGGUUCUUUAUUCUUUGCUAUUGUGCCUGUAUGCUUUGCCAAAGAUCCUGAAAUAACAGAUUGGUGAUUGUGCAGAUAUAAGUAAUAGCUGAAGUGACUUCAUCUUGAAAUCUAUUAGAAUCAUUGCUUUGGUCCCAUACCCUAGACUACCAUUUUUAGCAUAUGAUACAUGUGCACUGUAUAUUUAAGUAUGCAGAAAAUAAAACAUGGCAGUCCGGUGUUUAUUUGAUUGUUAAAGCUAGGAGAUGGUUAAACGUAAGUUGAGUAAGUUAGUUUAACAAUUGACUUUAAACCAUAGUAUGAUGAAAUUAUCAACAUGCACUGCUUUUAUCACUUUAGCUUCCAAAAAUGAGCAUCAAAGUGAUUGAUUCUUCAAGGUUCAAGGAUGCAUUAUAGGCAAAUUAGAGACAGCCAUUUUGUAUUCAAGUUUGUGAUUUGAAAUUAAGAUGGCUACAUAAAUUCAAAGUUAUGUUUGCAAUAUAAGAGUUCAUUACGUUGUAUUUUCUUUUAUGAAGAUUCUUCUUUGGGAACAAAUGCCAAAAAUGCAUCAAAGACAAAGAAAACACAAUGAAGGUGUUAAAACUGCUGUUACCAAAUGUACAUGUAUAUCCAUAGAAUGAAUUGCAAGUAAUUUCAUUUUUCAAUAUCAACAUAUUAUGUCUCAUUUAAAAAAUAACAUUGGGGCAAAAUUAAUGGGUUCAACAAUUUCCUCAAUUGAAAUUUAAUUUUAGAAUGAAAGAUUUUAGAAAUCUGGUUAUAAAAAAUAUGGUAUUCUUAAUUUUCAGCAUUAUUGACGUUAAUUCCCACUAAACACUAACCUUUUCCUUUGUUUUUAUCUCUUCAAAUGAACCUUUGAUGAAUGAAAUAGUAUUUGUGCUUGAUUACAGUAUUAUUGCAUUAAGAAAAUUACUUGGCAUUUGAAUGAAUGGUUCUUAUGAAGGAAAAAUGUUGUCUUGCAUUUGAUGAUGUAUCAAACGUAGUGGUGCAUAAUGCAAGGACUAAUGCUAGGCCUACCUAAUGAGUAAGCUAGAGAAUUAUUCUUACCAGAGUGGAUAAGUUGUAUAUGAUGUACAGAUGAUCAUCUAUUUCUUAGCAAUUUUUUUUCAUGCCAAACAUUGGUUUCUUGUUCAACAAACACUGUAUAAUCUCUUCAUGUGCAGUGGUUUGAUAAAACUAUAUUCUUGUUUGAAUUAUAAUUAUACCCCAUUAAUGAUGGGAAUUAAUGGGUAAAAUUCAAAGCCUAAAAAUGGUGAUCCACUCUUUGUUACAUAGAAUCUGUAGUUUAAAACUGGGAAAAGGUGUUCUAAGAAAUAUUAUCAAAGAUACUACAAGGGGAAGAUCGCACAGUACAUAGACCGCGUAAUGAAACACUCUGGAAGGGCGCCCCACAGCGUUGAGUAAGUAACAACCUUUUUUUACCUCUGUGCCUAUCGCGAGAUGGUUGUGUACAAAACAUAUGAGAGAAAUGGUGAAGGGUUGAAGGAAUAGACGAUUUGUACAUUCCAAAAAAAAAUUCAUUCAAUUUGUUUUUUCUUUAAUUAAAGAUGAAUAUAUUUCAGAGGUUUCUGGGUAAUCAAAAGUGGAAUCAUUACCAUGCACCACCCUUGAGCCCUCUCCAAAGUCUCCUCUCUCAUUUCCCCCAUAUGUUUUAUACACAGCUGCAUGCAGAUGUGCCAUGGUUUACUUACUCAACGCUGCUGGGUGCCCUUCCCAAGGAGCAUUUUCGGGCGUUUGGGAGCGUUUCAAACAAUCG